AUGAAUUGGUUGGUGGUGGUGACUGCAGUGGCAGUGUUCACAGCUGUUGAUGCUGCUGGUCCACGCCGCUGCGCUGGCCGGCUCGCUCGGGAGCGGCUGAAAGCCGCUGAGAAGAUCCGGGAUAAGAGGUUCUUCCUCUUCUGCUGCACACCCACCUGCUCCUCUCUACUGCAGCGCAGGCCUCGGCCUCCGCCGACUACGAGACGUUACCAGCCGUAUCAUAAAACUUGGUUCGGCCUUAAAUACGGUAGGAGAGCUCUGUUAAUUAAUUAA